CAGGCACCAUGGGCGUACAGUUCUGCAAUGAUUGUGGAAAUCUCCUUGAUAUCUCUUCGUUGGAGACCUUGCAGUGUGAACGGUGUGGGACAACCGCGAAGAUCCCUAGACGAAGCAUUACUCCAUACGCAGACAUCGGCCUCCGAAAAUUUCCCAUCUAAGCUUCGCGACAAGUUGAGAUCUCAUACUCAGGAAGUCACGCGUGAAACCAUUGGCUCUGGUCCGCAGAUCGACUUGGACUGUAUCAAGUGCCCGUCCAAGAAAGUCACGUAUGCUCAGGUGCAGUUGAGGAGUGCUGAUGAAGGAAGUACCAUCUUUUACACCUGUUUACUAUGUGGACACAGAUGGCAAGAGGACAAUUGAUGACCUGGUCGGAUACACACAAGGCUUGUAUGUGGGUGAGAGUCAAGUAAACACUAUCGUGGAAUGAUGAACGAGACACUAGAC